UUUUUUUUUUUUUUUUUUUUUUUUUUNUUUUACAUCUCUUCUUUUCAACCCUCCUUUUCUACUUUCUUCCACCUCCGGAAACUGUAAAUUUCCUGCAACUCAUGCUUGAAAUUUCCCCUUCACCGGAAAACUCCGCCGCCGCCGCCGCCGAGGAGGAUGGUGCGGCUUCCUCCGCCGGAUUUAAGGAGGAGUCUGACCGGAGCUGGGCUGGAAACCGAUGGCCGCGAGAGGAGACCAUCGCUUUGCUCAAGGUGAGGUCGAGUAUGGACACUGCGUUUAGAGAUGCAAGCCUUAAAGCUCCUCUAUGGGAAGAAGUUUCCAGGAAAUUGGCUGAGUUUGGAUAUAAACGAAAUGCAAAAAAAUGCAAAGAGAAGUUCGAGAACAUUUAUAAGUAUCACAAAAGGACUAGAGAUAUCAGAUCAGGGAAACCGAAUGGGAAAAAUUAUAGGUAUUUUGAGCAAUUAGAAGCUCUAGACAAUCAUCCAUUGCCACCUUCCCAAGCAGAUUCAAUGGAAGAAAUCCCAAACAAUAUCGUUCACAAUCCAAUUCCAUGUUCCAUAGUAAACCCAGGUUCAAAUUUUGUUGAAACUACCACCACAUCGAUAUCAACUUCGAUGACGUCUUGCUCAAGCAAAGAGUCGGGUGGGGCGAGGAAGAAGAAGAGGAAGUUUGUGGAGUUCUUUGAAAGGUUAAUGAAUGAGGUGAUUGAGAAGCAGGAGAAAUUGCAAAGGAAGUUCAUGGAGGCUUUGGAGAAAUGUGAAGAAGAGAGGCUAGCUAGAGAAGAAGAAUGGAGAGUGCAAGAAUUAGCUCGAAUCAAGAAAGAGCGUGAGCGUUUGAAUCAAGAGAGAUCAAUUGCUGCUGCCAAAGAUGCAGCUCUUCUUUCAUUCUUGAAGAUGUUCUCUGAACAGAUGGGCACAGUGCCAUUCCCUGAGAGCUUGAUUUUGAUGGAGAAUUUAACAGAGAAGCAAGAUGAUGGUAAUGUUGAGAGAAAUACCAGCAAUCAAGAGAAUAAUAAUAGCAACAAUGGGAAUUCGAAUCAGAUUAGCUCGUCGUCCCGGUGGCCGAAAGAAGAGAUCGAUGCUCUGAUUCAGCUUAGGACUAAUCUGCAAAUGAAGUAUCAAGAGAAUGGGCCAAAAGGUCCUCUGUGGGAGGAAAUGUCACAAGCCAUGAAGAAACUUGGGUAUGAUAGAAGUGCAAAGAGGUGUAAAGAGAAGUGGGAGAACAUCAAUAAAUACUUCAAGAGAGUAAAGGAACGUAACAAAAAACGACCCGAGGAUUCAAAGACAUGCCCUUAUUUCCAGCAGCUCGACGCAUUGUACAAACUGAAAUCCAAGAAAGUCGUCGUCGAGAACCCAACUAAACCAAAUUACGAACUGAAACCCGAGGAACUAUUGUUGCACAUGAUGGAAGGGCAAGAAGAAGAAAGCCACCAACAACCUGAAUCAGCAACAGACAAUGGGGAAGCUCAGAAUACUGAUCAGAACCAAGACGAAGACGACGACGACGACGAAGAUUAUCACAUUGUGGCGAAAAACAACAGCAAUGAAAUGGAAGUAGGCAUCUAAAACGUGCAUCCAUCCUAUUGAAACACCUCGCAAGAUUGUAAAAAGAAAAAAGGUCAGAUCCUUGAGCUCCUGAUUUUGAUCUCUGUCUAUAUAUAUAUAUAAUAUGUAUAUGUAUAUGUUUAUUUAUUUCUUGAAUAGAUGAUGAUGAUACUUCUUGUAGGGAAGAGAGCGAGAGAGAGAGAGAAUAAAAGGGGAGUGGUUAGGGGAAUUGGAAUUGUUUAUUGUGUGGAAAAGUUGAAAAUGUUUGAUUGUUCUUAUGUCUGUCUGUGUCUGUAUGAAUAAAAACCAGCACUGUUCUAGUGUGUAGUAGCCUGUUUGUUUAAUCAUAAUGCAAAGGCUUCAUUCAUA